AUCCCCUGCCAGCGUUUAUAGGGCGCCGCGGCGGCGCUGCCGAGCCCACAACAGUCAGACCUCGCCAGCCAGCCGCCAGCAGCCUGCAGCCUGCACCCGCUCAGCCCCGCACAGCCAUGUUUCAGCCAGCUGGGCACGGCCAGGACUGGGCCAUGGAGGGCCCGCGGGAUGGCCUCAAGAAGGAGCGCUUGGUGGACGAUCGCCACGACAGCGGCCUGGACUCCAUGAAGGACGAGGAGUACGAGCAAAUGGUGAAGGAGCUGCGGGAGAUCCGCCUGCAGCCGCAGGAGGCGCCGCUAGCCGCCGAGCCCUGGAAGCAGCAGCUCACGGAGGACGGAGACUCGUUCCUGCACUUGGCAAUCAUCCACGAAGAGAAGCCGCUGACCAUGGAAGUCAUUGGUCAGGUGAAGGGAGACCUGGCCUUCCUCAACUUCCAGAACAACCUGCAGCAGACUCCACUGCACUUGGCUGUGAUCACCAACCAGCCAGGAAUUGCUGAAGCACUUCUGAAAGCUGGCUGUGAUCCUGAGCUCCGAGACUUUCGAGGAAAUACCCCUCUACAUCUUGCCUGUGAGCAGGGCUGCCUGGCCAGUGUAGCAGUCUUGACGCAGACCUGCACGCCCCAGCAUCUCCACUCCGUCCUGCAGGCCACCAACUACAAUGGCCACACGUGUCUGCACCUAGCCUCUAUCCAUGGCUACCUGGCCAUCGUGGAGCACUUGGUGACUUUGGGUGCUGAUGUCAACGCUCAGGAGCCCUGCAAUGGCCGGACAGCCCUCCACCUUGCGGUGGACCUGCAGAAUCCUGACCUGGUUUCGCUCUUGUUGAAGUGUGGGGCUGAUGUCAACAGGGUAACCUACCAAGGCUACUCCCCCUACCAGCUUACCUGGGGCCGCCCAAGUACCCGGAUACAGCAGCAGCUGGGCCAGCUGACCCUGGAAAAUCUCCAGAUGCUGCCCGAGAGCGAGGAUGAGGAGAGCUAUGACACAGAGUCAGAAUUCACAGAGGAUGAGCUGCCCUAUGAUGACUGUGUGUUUGGAGGCCAGCGUCUGACAUUAUAAGUGGAAAGUGGCAAAAAAGAAUGUGGACUUGUAUAUUUGUACAAAUAGAGUUUUAUUUUUCUAAAAAAAAAAAAAGAAAAAGAAAAGAAAAAAAAAAUGAGAAAGGGUAUACUUAGCACCACACCACACAGCGCCUAGACCCAGGCAUUUUACUGGGGUGAUUCGGCUGUUGUCUUUGUGAAAUCUGGGGAAACAGAUCAUUGAAAUUCAAAGGAAAUGUCUCUUAAGGUUCAUGUUUGUGGGAUUUUUUUUUUUUUUUUUUUUUGGAGGUGAUUUUCCAGAACCUAAUGAAAGGACCACGUUUUAUUUAUUGUGCUUUUGAUUGAACCACCAUAGACCUAGUAGGUGAGCCCAGUGUGUUCUCCCAUGUAAGAGCCAGGUGUUCAGUGGUAUGUGCUUAAAAGUCGCCCCCAACUAAGGUUUGUGUCGCCUUCUUGUAAAUGUUGUAUAUGUUGUAUUUUGUUGGUAAUUAUUUUGGUACUUCUAAGAUGUAUAUUUAUUAAACAGAUUUUUACAGACAG